AUGGUGCUGCUGCUGGUCAUCCUCAUCCCGGUGCUGGUCAGCUCGGCGGGCACGUCGGCGCACUACGAGAUGCUGGGCACCUGCCGCAUGGUGUGCGACCCGUACGGCGGCACCAAGGCGCCCAGCACGGCCGCCACCCCGGACCGAGGCCUCAUGCAGUCGCUGCCCACCUUCAUCCAGGGCCCCAAAGGAGAGGCCGGCCGCCCGGGCAAGGCCGGGCCCAGAGGGCCGCCGGGGGAACCCGGCCCGCCGGGGCCCGUGGGUCCGCCGGGGGAAAAAGGAGAGCCUGGGCGCCAGGGCCUGCCGGGCCCGCCCGGGGCGCCGGGCCUGAACGCGGCCGGGGCCAUCAGCGCCGCCACCUAUAGCACGGUGCCCAAGAUCGCCUUCUACGCGGGCCUCAAGCGGCAGCACGAGGGCUACGAGGUGCUCAAGUUCGACGACGUCGUCACCAACCUGGGCAACCACUACGACCCCACCACGGGCAAGUUCACCUGCUCCAUCCCCGGCAUCUACUUCUUCACCUACCACGUGCUCAUGCGCGGCGGCGACGGCACCAGCAUGUGGGCCGAUCUGUGCAAGAACAACCAGGUGCGAGCUAGUGCAAUUGCUCAGGAUGCAGACCAAAAUUACGACUAUGCCAGUAACAGCGUCGUUCUACAUUUGGAGCCAGGAGAUGAAGUCUACAUAAAAUUAGAUGGAGGGAAAGCACAUGGAGGAAACAACAACAAAUACAGCACAUUUUCUGGAUUUAUAAUUUAUGCUGACUGA